AUGAAGAUUGUUUCGAAAGAGGAAGAAAAAGCGCACUAUGGCCAAGUUCUUACGGGUGGCAUCAUCGGUGGCUCCUUGGGAGUCGGUGCUGGAUUAGUUGGUGUUAUGGUUGCAUCGCGGCGAUACCCAGUCUUCCGAUCGCUCACGCUUCCCUUCCGCGCCUUCCUCAUCACAUCUACAGGUACCUUCGGUGCCAUCGUCAACGCCGAGCGGUAUUCGAAUGCCUUCCACAAGGCCAACAACCCCAUGAACUUCUACGUCGACGAGGCCCAGCGCACACAGGAGCUCAUCCGUCAGCAAGAGACCAACUGGGAGCGCUUCACCACAUGGGGCCGCGAAAACAGGUACUCCAUCGUCUUCGCCUCCUGGAUCGCCGCCAUGGGCGUCGCACUCGGCAUCGUCGGCCGCAACAAGUACCUCUCCACCUCGCAGAAGCUCGUCCAAGCCCGUGUGUACGCCCAAGGCCUGACGCUAGCCGUGCUCGUCGCCUCCGCCGUCUUCGAGACGGCCGAUGCCCGAUCCGGAACCGGCCGGUGGGAGACUAUCAAGGUGCUCGAUCCCAACGACCCCGAGCACAAGACCCUCAUCGAGAAGCGCGUCCACAAGGAGGAGUACGAGGGCCAGGAUCUGUGGAAGGAUAUGGUUGCUGCUGAGGAGCGCCGGCUCGCGGCCCAGAAGACGCAGAAGGGAAACUCGCAAUAA